GAUAUUUUUAAUUCUAAGCAGUACACUGUUUUUGCACUCAAUUUCUUUCGUUGACCUCUUCAAAUGUCUAUCGAUGACUCCCUUCCACCGCGUCAGUCGGCGUCGUUGGUGCACGUGAUGAAAACGAAGCUGCGCAACGCCUUAUCCACGACAACGCCGAGCGAGACGGAGUCCGACGCCGUCCUCGACAGCAGAAAUGGCUCCCCAAGCGCACAGACCUCUCCCGUGUUCCCGUCGGACAACACACAGGAACAGCAGGGGGACAGCAGACCGACUCGUAGCGACGCUGUUGAUGACGGUACCCGCAGCGGUGCAUCGAACACGGCCGUGACGGAGUCUAGUCCCUCGAGUGCAGCUUCGCCAUCGCGACAGCACUCUCGCCCACACGCUCUUCCCACACCGGACUUCUACGAGCGCUUUCCGCGUGCUGUCGGCCCGACGGCGAACGUUGUCGUCACCUCGCACGAGGAGUACAAGAUUCUGCUGAUGACGGCGAAGCACAUUAAGGUGGUGGCGAACAAACGGGAACGCAGCGUGGAGAAGGGCUGGUUAUGUCAAGAGGACAUCCAAAAGGGUGGUUUCCUGGUGUAUCACUCAGCGAACCACCAUCCACAGUACUUCCAGUUGAAGAAGCACGCCGCGGACGUUUACGGCACCGCAACCUAUAUCUCUGCGUAA